UUCAUUUUAGAUGUCAAAAAGUAUUUGUGGCUCCCAGUGUUUUCUUUUGCGUGGAAACGGGAUCCAAAUGGCUCUUUGGGUGUAAAAGGUUGCAGACCCCUGGUCGUCAAAUAUUAGGAAGAUUUGGGAGUUUAAAUAGUUUCCUUCAGAUCUUGUAUAAUUAGGCAUCAAACUUAGCACUGGUUUAAAAGACAUGAAGAAAGAAAACCUGCCACCUAUUCAGAAAACUGUGAGCACAUUACAAAGUUGGGCCAAUUUACAUCAUAAGAAUACUGCAGCUAGAGUAGUGGUAAGACUGCACACCUUUGGAGUGGGAGUUGCUAGUUCAAUUCCCACCCGGUAUCCAGUCCUGGCUAGAUCCCCAAUGCUAAAAAACCAAGCCCUGCAAUAGCGCGGCUACGUCUGCAGCUCAGCCACUACAUGUUAUACUGUAUAUGUGACAAAUAAAAUUUGAGUUUAUUUAUUUAAUGAUAUUUCCACAGGUUAAUUUUAUUACAUAUUUGUUGCCUUUGAGGUUCCUUACUCUGCUAUUUAAAAGGUACAGUAAGGCCGUGAAUACCUUUCUAUGGACAAGAGAAAGACCUUAUUUGAACAGAACAAUAUUAAAAGGUUAUUAGAGAGGAUGGGGGUCUUGGCUUGCCAAGAGUCAGUUGGUACCACUAUGCCUUUUAUGUUAAUCAGUUAUCCAAAAGUUAUAUAGUAGAAAGUCAGACUCCAGGAUGGGGUUAAAAAAGAACUUGUCGAAGCUCUCCUUAUACCGGCUUUUAUCUCAGAAGCAGGGGAAGAAAUAAUGUCUAAGUACAAAUUCCCCGAAAUAAUUUUUUUUUAGAAAUAUCUUUGAUUAAGAAGCUGCAUAAUGUCAGGAUGGAGAAAAGGCCUGCCAAUAUCUCACACAAUGGUACAGGAACUAUUUCAGAGUAAUUGGAAUGCUAAAGUCAGGACAUCUAGGUUUUAUAGUACAAUGAGACAACAUCAUCUGCAAAAAUUUGCAGGUCUCAAGAGAGCUCGGGAAGUGAACCUACAAGGGGUGAUAGCUAUGGAGACAUGGAGAGAAAUUGUUGGUGUAAGACAGUCCAGACAACAUAAAUGACAUAUAGUAUCAUUCAUAAGAGGUAUUGGACUCCCCGUAACAUAGCAAAAUUAAAACUGAGGGAAUCAGAUAUGUGCUGGGGUGUGACAAGAGUAGAGACACACUAAUACACAUGCUAUACGAAUGCCAAAAGAAAUUGAAUCUAUGGAAAAAAUAAUUACAUUAAUAAUUACAUAAUGCCUACUACAUGGAUAAAAACUGGUAUUCUGAAGAGCAUCAAGAGAAACUUGCACAUAUAGAUUUGUAAAUGGUUAUUAUAACAAUUAUUGUGCAUUGUGACAAACAUUUAUUGGAUAUCUGGGAUAGAAAUAUGAAAUAGCACUAAAACUGUUGUUUGUAGAACUCAUUUUAAGGAUCUUAUUACUAAGGGUGGCUGCAUUAUAAACUUUAAAAUCUAGAUCUUUGAGUUGUAUUUUACCAUGUUAUGUCCUUCAAUGUACAUAUUAAACAAAUAUGUAGGACUGCUUUCUUCCAUUUGCACAAUAUCUCUAAAAAUAAAAAACAUCCUGCUACAGAGUGAUGCUGAAAAACAUGCAUUUAUUACUUCUAGGCUUGACUACUGUAAUUUAUUAUUAUCCUAAAACGUCCUAAAAAACUCCCAAAAUGCCUGAUGAUCCAAAAUGCUGCAGCAAGAGCAUUAAAGGCAUAUAAAAGCUUUAAAAAUAAUUAAAUAAUUCUGUUUUCUGAAGACAACUAGUAUGCUUAGAAAUGAUCUGUUGAAAUUCCCAGACUCCAUUAAAAAAGCAGUUGGGAAUAUUCUGACAAAAACAUGCAAUGGGGGUGGGGGGGUGUAAUUAUUAUUUUUUUCUCAUCUUCAUCAGCCUGCCAUAUACUUGUGUUGCUUUACUUCCUAUAAAGCUGAUUGUCUACCAAUCACACCGUUUGUUGCUUGUUCACCAUAUCCUCAACUUCACAUUUGCUCAACUAGUCUACAUGUGGUUAUGGGACUUGGAGAAAGUAUUCAGCUGCAUCCCUUUGUCGUGUAGGGGUGCUUUCAGAGUGUGGGGUAGUGGGCCUCUUGUUGCAGGCUACUAAAAUGGAUGAGGAAGAACCUUCAAUUACACACUAAGUUGACAAGAUGUGUGCACAUGGAAGAGGAUCAUGGAAUCUACUGGAAAUAAUGAAUAACACCUCAGGCAGUGUUUUAGCAUUUUAUCUCCUCAUGUAAUGACGAAAGAAAUUAAUAGGAUGAAGCCUCAGUACUGGCUCUGAAUCCUUUGCACCUCAUAUCAAUGUUGGAUGGAACAAUCAAAAGUAGUAACUUCUUCAAGGACACGAAGAAGACAAAUAGAAGUUCAAACAAGAAUAUAAUAUAAAACAAUUUUCUGGGUUUCUAUUUUUCUUAGUGCUACAGCCUAACCCCACUGAGAUGCACUGGCUCUACAUGAUAUCAGCUGUUCUGACAGUUCCACUGUUAAUAUUACAGCUGCAUAAAACAACCAAAACGAUUAACAAAUAUUUGCCUAUGAUGUCAUACUGAUAGAUACAUGAGUUUAAUGCGUUUCAGCUGUGCUCAGUCUAAAAAAGCUGUGCAGCCUUGUUUCCUGUCUCACAGCAAAGCCUAGUCAAAGCAUCCAGCACUCACUGGCGAAUUCAAACACAUUGAGUCAGUAGUUGGGCAGCUGCCACUCAGGAUAUAAUGCUACUGUUCAUAACAGAUGAAGCCAAUUUAAAUUCAGGAAGUUGUUUUUAAUGAUUACAUUAUUUUACUACAUUUCUUUGUCAUCUCCAUAUUUGUUACCUUUCCUUAAGAUAAAUGUAGUGUUAAAAGCAAAAAUGUAAAAUAAUAAUAGCAAUAAUAUUGCUGUUGUACCAUAAUGCCUCUUAGGAUCUUUGCUGUCCUUCUCAAACAGGACUCCAACUCCACAAUGAGAAAUGUUACAGCUGAAGAUGCAAUUAUGAUACAAAGCCACUGAGAAUGUCCCUGUAAAGGUCUGGAAAUAAACAAAAAGCACAAUCAAAAGCUUCUAGAGUUUCACCAAAUUAAAUAAAAACCAUCUCAAUCAGAUGUCUACGAGGGAAAGAUAAAAGUAUGUCUUACAGCUUAAGUUUGUGAGCAUGUUGUGCAAUUAAAAAAAAUUCUCUGAGUCACUGACUAUUUGUUGAAAGUUUCUCACGUGUUAUGCAACCAGUAAUUACUAUGACAACAUAACAAACUGUAUCCAGACGCUUCCACCUCUCCUCCAGGCAAAUUGUUUGAAUGGACAGUCACUGCUUAGUUUCACAGAUAUCCCCCCAUUUAAAGACAGAAGGACAGAAUACACUAUUUGUGAAGGAGCUCUUCAAGGAGUUUUUUUUUUUUUUUUUUUUGAAGACUUUUGCAGUGGUUUACCGUCAUUUCACAACAAGAAGGUUUGGGGAUCAAAUUAAUCAGCUGGCUGGACCCUCUGUGUUCUCCCUGUGCCUGCGAGGGCUUCUGCCCACAGUCCAAAGACAUGCAUGUUAAGUUAGAUGGUUAUUUGUGAAUGAUCUCCCAGUCUUCCCCACAGAUGGAAUUCCACAAUCACUGAAGAACAGUGGAAAAAGGGAAGACAGCGGGGCUUACUGAGGAUAAGGAAUUAAAGGGUUUUUCGAUCCUGUCUCGUGUCCCCAUGAUGUUUUUGCUGCAAAGGGGAGGGGAAGGAGGAGUCGCUAUGCCUCACAGCUUAAUUACUCCAAGCAACACUGUGUCUCAUAUGUAAUGGAAGGAAGACGAAGUAGGAAGAGAAACAAAUUUUGUCUGCAGAGCAGGCACAAACUUUGAGUUUGAGACUCAUCCCUUCACUGCAACACAUGAAAUUAGAAAGGAAGGCUUUGUUGCCGCUGUAUAGAUCAUCACAUCACUACAACUGGACCACUGUCUUUGUGAACUUUAAAUCUGAUUCUGACAGAAGGUAAGAAAUGAUAUCAAGAACUUCUACUGACUAACAGAGGAAACGUGAAUGACUUCUGAGGACCUGGAGUCAAAUCUUAAACCAAAGCAAGAGAGAAAAGACAUAAACAAGUGGAAGUAAGUGAGGAAAUUCUCUUAAUUUUCAUUUCAUAUGCAACACACACUGAAUAAGUGGCUCAACCUUAUUUUACACUUAACCCACAGUUUACCUUCCCUUCUGCCUUUUUACUAAUUAUAUCUAUGUUAAUGUUAUUUCCUGCUUUAUUUAAAAGUAAUGCAUUACUUCAACUCUAAUACAUCUAUAGAAAAUAGAGAUGUUACACAGCUCAUGACAUUACUUUGCAUUACUCUAUAAUGUUGUCAGAAAUGCUUUGUCACAUAACUGCUAGUUCACAUUCUAUAUACUCCUGAGAACCGAGGACAAAAAUCUUUCAGUUUAACUGUUUUUGUGAUUUGUGCAUCCAAUAGAGAGGACAUAAAUGAAUAUGCUGGGUCUCAGGCGCAUAUGAUCACAUGUGGAAAAAUCUUUAUUCUAAUAUGGACACUAAACUUUACCACACCUUUGUCUUCUUGUUCAAUUAAUUGAAAGUAAUGUAAAUAUGCAUUAUACUGCAAUAUUUAAUAAAGAUUUGCUUCGCAGAAAGUGCGUGCAAUCAUUUCACAUUGUGGUUCAGGGAGCCUGCAAGUCAUUCAGCUUUUACACUAAAGGAUCAUCUUGAACCUCAAACAGUUAUCUCAGACUUUCAAACUAUCAACAGCCUUUAAAAAUGUUUGUGUUAAAAAUUCUAAGAAGCUCUCCAAGAGCCAAGGCAGUUCAAUCUCUGGGCAGUGUUUUACUUUAAAGGUAAUAGUAUUAAAUUAUUUAUUAUUAUUUCUUCUUUUUAAUACAAUUUGAGACGUUUAAGAUGUUCCAGUAAAUACAAGUUCAAAAUUCAGACUUUCAUUAUUUGUCCUGUUUAAACCAACUUUAAUACACUUGACAUCAUUUUGAGUACUUUCUUUCAUUUUUUAUGUGAAUAAAGUACAGGUCCAGUAUUAAUUUCAUUGUUCAGUAAAAUCUGUUUAGUCAUAAAUUACAAGUGAAAAAGUUUUUUGGUCAUGAGUGCCUUAAACACUACUGAUAAUAUGUGACAAGCUGUGCAAGCUAUAGGCUGCAGCUUACUGCACUGGUUGGCUAGCUCCCCAAGGUUUUGAAUGUCUUUAACUAUCCUGAUAAUGUCUAUUUCUGACGUCGAUAAGGGUAUAAUGUUUAUGACGGCUGACUUUAAUUACACAAGGAUUAUGUAUUAGAAGAUAAUGAAUAACAAGUAUUGACUUGCAAAUAACUGUAAACAAAUAACUUUAGCUUAUAAUAUAUAGUACAGUAUAAUUAACUAAUUUAUAUUAAACUAACUGGGCAGCACAUUUUCUUUCUCCUGACAAUACUUGCUUUAAAGAUAUAACAUAUUUUGAGGUCAAAAAGAAAGGCACGUGUGAAAUACAAAGCUCAAAUGUAAAGCUUCAUUGGGAUGCAAACUGUAAUGUGAUAUUUAAAAUCCCCUUUUAACAAAUUUAUUUCUAAACACAUUUAUUACAGCCGAAUGAUUCUGAUGUCUACUACACUUAAGUGUGUUUAAUGUGUGGUUGCAUACAUGUCAGCUGACACCAUUUGUGGAUUUGCAUGACAGACACGGAUAAGUGUCUGCUUCUGUAUACAUCAGCUUCUCAGUCACAAUAACUUACAAUUUACGACUACUUGUUUUAUAAGUUGUGUGUUUAGUGCAGACUACAUUGGUGCAAAUCAGGUUAGGUGUUUUUCAUGAUUAAAAGACUCAUAGGUCAGUGUUAGGUGGCCUAAAAACCACAAUAAAACAAAACAAAAUAACCAUAUCUCUUAAAAUGGUCAGGUACAAGUACUGGAUUGAAUGAGAGGAAGCUGCCUCUCAAAACUUAGAUUCCAAAAAAAGAGUUUUUAUAUUAUGAUUGUAGCCAGACAGAGAGCAAAAACUAUAAGGCAACAUGCCAGAAAUAAAUUUAUGACCACUCACAUGUUGAACUUACUUGAGGUCAUCUUGGCCAAGUAAUGGUACUUAUGGCCUCUGUUGUAUGGGGAAAAAACAGCUCACUAACUGUGUCUGAACUGACCUGGCUGAGGCAGGACUUUAAAAAAAAGAAAAAUGAAAAAGAAAGAUGAUGUAGUAACUACCAUAUCCUAAAGCCCAAGAUAACAUGGCCUUGUGUAACUGUCAGGGGAGGCUCUGCGUUUCAUGUUGUGUUAUUGAACAUUCCAAAGCUAUGACAGUAUUUUUCAUCGCAAAAGGCAAGAGAAACAAAAAGAUACAAUAUUCCAUUAUAUGAGGUUGGAGCCUAGACUGGAUACAGGGAACAUCUUUAACUAAACUACUAAAGUGUAACUUUAACAUUUACUUUAACUAAAAUACUAAUGUAAAUGUAAAUGUUUUCACUAUUUCAUAAUAAGGCAAUAAGGCAACUUUGAGCCAGACAUACUAUUUAGUGAAUAUCUUUUGUUCAUACCCUAGACCAUGAAAUAUGUACAUGCAAAUACAGCAGGCAGUGACUGAAGCUGGUUGUUGUUCUGGCAAACUUACCAACCAAAUACUGAUGGGUUGGUUAUAAACCUGCUCUCUCCUCUCUGAUUUUACCCUAGCGUAAACUAGCUGCAGAAGACUUGCUGUGUAAUUUAGUAGAUAUUAGUUGAUUUGCAAGUUACUGGCCGUAAUUAAAGCACUACCUUUGUUUUAUUUUGAAAAUUCUUGAAAGAGCAGUUGUAAAACACCAAACUGAUCAUCUUCAGAGAAAAAGUUUAUUUGAAGAUUUUAAGUCAGGUUUCAGAACCCAUCACAGUACAGAAAUGGUGGUAGUGAAGGCUACAAAUGAUCUUCUUUUGGCCUCUGACAGUGGACUCAUCUCUGUGCUCAUCCCUGCUAGACUAUAAUGCUGACUAUAUUUUAUUACAUGGAUUAGAGCAUGCUGUAGGUAUUAAAAGUAUUGCGCUGUAAUGGGUUGAACCAUAUGUAUCUAACAGACUUCAGUGUGGUUAUGUAAAUGGGAAGUCUUCUUCACACAUAAAGGUUAACUAUGGAGUUCCACAGGGUUCUGUGCUAGGGUCAGUUGUGUUUAUAUUACAUACACUUCCCCUAAGCACUACAAAUAGAAGGCAUAAUAUACAUUUUCACUACUAUGCAGAUGACUUCCAGAUUUUUCUAUCCAUGAAGCCAAAUAAAAUACACAAAUUUUUUAAACUGCAGGAAUGUCUUAACGACAUAACGACCUGGAUGACCUCUAAUUUUAUGCUUCUAAAUUCAGAUAAAACUCAGGUUGUUGAACUCAGCCCAAAAGAUCUUAGAAAUAUGGUAUCUAACUCUGGAUGGCAUUACCUUGCUUAAAUUAUAGGCAGCCACUUUCUGGGACAGAGCUGUGAAAAAACAUUCACUGCCUGUAUGAGCUUCUGAGCACACAGAGGUGGUGAUAAAGUAAUUGCCUAAAAAUUUCUUCGACGAGUAACACCAGGUCAAUGAAUGAUGCAAGAAAACAGACCUUUGCUGAGCAUCUCUGCUUCAUCUCUUUUAGAAACUGUCGUGGUCUGGGAGCAGCUGAACUGUGCUAUGAUUCUCCCUGUGGUGGUAAUGGUGGGUCUCCUGUUGCUCUCUGGACCAGAGUCAGGUCUCCAAGAAGACACGCUAGAAAUUGACAACAGCAAUGACAUCCUAGAGAGAGAGUUUAUCUACGUACCAAAACGUCAAAAAAGGGCUGUUGCUGACUACAGUGCCUUCCAAACAGAUAAAUGUUCUUAUACCUUCAUUGUCCCUCAGCAGAAAAACAACGGGGCAAUAUGUGUGAACUCCAAGGAGCCAGAGACCUUGCUGCAAAACCGUAUUAAUAAGCAGGAACUGGAGCUGCUCAACAGUGAGUUGCAAAAGCAGCGAAAGGAGAUUGAGGCACUCCAACUGCUAAUAGAGCUUGAUGGGGGUGUGAUCAAUGAAGUCAAGCUAUUGCGUAAAGAGAGCCGCAACAUGAACUCCAGAGUUACACAGCUCUACAUGCAGCUGCUGCAUGAGAUUAUCCACAAACGAGACAAUGCUCUGGAGGUGUCACAGCUGGAGACCCGUGUGCUCAACCACACAAAUGAGAUGGGGAGGCUAGCUGGGCGGUACCGAGACCUGGAUCAUAAGUACCAGCAUCUUUCAGCCCUCGCAAGCAGCCAGAGUGUUCUCCUGGAGCAGCUGGAAGAGCAGUGUAAGCAGGGAGGAUACUUUUACAGUAAGGUUCAAGAGCCCAGCCGUCGUCUCCAGCCACAACCUCCUGCAAUCUCCCAGCCUCCUUUACAAACACCUGAAUUGUCUCCUGGUGGCUACAGACCUUUCCAUCCACCCACUUACACUCGUUACACCAACUACCCCAUGAAUAAUGAGAUCCAAAGUGACCAGAAAGCCAGAGCACUGCCACAUCCACUGCCCACAAUGCCAGGUGGACCAUACAGCUUCACAAAUGAGCCCUCAGGACCUUUCAGAGAUUGUCUGGAGGCUCUGGAGAGUGGAUAUACCACCAGUGGAAUGUACCUCUUAAAACCAGACAAAAGCAAUCAACUUAUGCAGGUCUGGUGUGACCAGAGACAAGACCCUGGUGGCUGGACCGUUAUUCAGAGACGUCAGGAUGGCUCUGUCAACUUUUUUAGGAACUGGGACACUUACAAGCAAGGUUUUGGAAACAUUGAUGGUGAAUACUGGUUGGGCCUAGACAACAUCUUUUGGCUGACAAACCAGGGCACCUACAAGCUUUUAGUGACGCUGGAAGACUGGACUGGUCGGAAGACCUUUGCAGAAUAUGCUAGCUUUCGUGUAGAGUCAGAAGCAGAUUUCUACAGGCUACGACUGGGCCAAUACCACGGCAAUGCUGGAGACUCUUUAACCUGGCACAAUGGAAAGCACUUUACCACGCUGGAUAGGGACCAUGACGUCUACGCAGGGAAUUGUGCCCACUAUCAGAAGGGAGGAUGGUGGUAUAAUGCCUGUGCUCAUUCCAAUCUGAACGGUGUGUGGUACAAAGGUGGGCAUUACCGCAGCCGCUAUCAGGAUGGGGUCUACUGGGCUGAGUUCAGAGGAGGAGCUUAUUCUCUAAAAAAAGUGACCAUGAUGAUAAGACAAAAUGGAAAUACCUUCCAAUAAUUGCUCAGUAUGUUGAAACUUAUAUUUAACAAGAUGUUUCCACCAAAGGGAUUCUGUAUCACAAGACCAGGCACCAUUGGUUGAAUUUCAAAGCUUCUUUUGGUUGUUAUACAUUCACAAUGCCAAGACGUGGCAGAACUUUUUCAUUUCAUUUGUUCUACAUGUAAUGCUUUUAUUCAUGUUCUUGCGCUCAUAAAGUUAUACUGCACACAAAUAAAAAGCAUACAACCUUG